GCGCGUACCAAAACGCAGAGGGAGGAGGGGGGCAAGGAACCCAUGACGCCGAGGAGGGAACCGAGAAGGAGAGGUCAAAAGAAAAGGAGGCCCAGAGGAACUGCUUCUACUCUUCUCUCUCCGCAGGGUAUAGCUUCCUGGAGACGAAGACACGGAGAAAAUAUUCCGCCCUCCUAGACCUACGCGUCCCUGAGAUACAAGGAGGAUGGCGUCCACACCUACCAGGAAUGAGGAGGAAAAGGGCAGCAGGAUGUCCCAAGCUGCAACCUCCUUGGGUGGAGGUCCAGUGAGCAUGGGGGUUUCAUUAUCCCGUUCUGAGGAAUUCCUGACCCAGAUCAGCACAGAACUUACUGAUGAGGCCUUGUUUACCGCUGGCUACGGCACGAACCCUGUGCCCACCAAGGAAAAACAGACCCAAGACCGAGGGACUCAGAUAUCCAAACACGUGUUCUUCAAGACCCGAGGCACCGACACCCGUUCUGACAGAAACCGUACCCGCACCAAGACCCACCUCCUGCCAUCCCCUCGUGACAAGAACGUGCAUCAGAGCUCCUCUUUCACGAGUCAUUAACACUUCACUUUGCUGGGACUUCUGGUCAUGAGCAACAUACCCCUGGAAGCUUCCUAGGUGUUCAGGAACCAUCACACACCUCUCCCCCUCAACUGGCAAGAACAUCACCAGAAAUCAAAGGCUUUAAUAAAAAGACAGAGGUCCUUCCCUCCUCCCAACCCA